GGUCACGUGGCCCAGGCAGGAGUUUCCCCGACAGCUGGAGGCUGCGUGGGAUCCGGCGGCGGCUCCGGAGCUCGGCGGUGCGGCCUACCCCGCCCCCUCCCUCCUCCCCCGCCCGCUUCCGCCCGGCUUAUUAUCCUCCGUAUUGACAAACAGAGCGGCCGCGGCGGCGACUCUUCGGCGUGCGUUUGUAGCCAAGCCAUGGGAGACAAGAAGAGCCCCACCAGGCCGAAGCGGCAACCGAAGCCGUCCUCGGAUGAGGGUUAUUGGGACUGUAGCGUCUGCACCUUCCGGAACAGCGCCGAGGCCUUCAAGUGCAUGAUGUGCGAUGUGCGGAAGGGCACCUCCACCCGAUCCACAUUCUUUGAAGUUAUUGUGAAUGCCUCGAGGACCAAGGGACCGUUGAAAUUUCCAAUUUCAGGAAGGAAACCUCGGCCUGUCUCCCAGUUGGUUGCACAGCAGGUUACUCAGCAGUUUGUGCCCCCUACACAGUCAAAGAAAGAGAAAAAAGAUAAAGUAGAAAAAGAAAAAAGUGAAAAGGAAACAACUAGCAAAAAGAACAGUCAUAAGAAAACCAGGCCAAGAUUGAAAAAUGUGGAUCGGAGUAGUGCUCAACACUUGGAAGUUACCGUUGGAGACCUGACAGUCAUUAUUACAGACUUUAAGGAGAAAACGAAGUCACCGCCCACAUCUAGUGCUGCUUCUGCAGAUCAACACAGCCAGAGUGGCUCCAGCUCUGAUAACACAGAGAGGGGAAUGUCCAGGUCAUCCUCACCCAGAGGAGAAGCCUCAUCAUUGAACGGAGAAUCUCAUUAAAGUUUAUUUUCUCCAGUUUCCUAGUCACUUCUGUCAUACCAUGCAAAUACACAGAUUAUGCCAAGAAGUACCACAUUUUCAUGACAAACAUAUUCAUGCACAAUCCAUAAUUUGCAUUUUACAUAAAAUAGAAAUUUGUUAGAUUUUAUUGCAAUCUAUGCCUACCAAACCUUUCCAGACUUAACAUUUUGGUCUCCACAGUUAAAGGUGCCAUGAAAAUGUGGUUGAAUUACUCAUUAUGCAGUGUUAUUGGUAAGUCUAUUUUCACUUUUAGUUUAGUGAAUUCUAACACAUAAUUCUUGAAUUCUCUACUAUUGGCAUGUAAUGAAUUUAAAUUUUUAUAACAUAGUGCAAGCUGCCUAAAUAUGUAUUAUUUGAGAAUUGUGAAACAAAUAGUUAUAUGUAUACAAGUCAAAAAUCAACUUAAUCAACUGUUGCUACAACAGAAUUUUCUUAAUGGUUAUCCUCUUAAAUACACCUGCUGGUACUUGGUGUGGUUAAAUAGGAAGAUUGUUAUUAAAUAAAGAAUUUGUAUGAACCAUUGCCAAUGUUUUUGACACAUUUUACUAAAUUAUUGUUCCUGAAUUAUGUUUUAGGUUUUAUCUGUUUUUGGGGGGGUUUUUUGCUUAUCUUUCACAACAUUCAUUUAUUGUAAUGUUUACUAGCAGACUAGUAAACAAUAAAACAUUGAUUACUUGGCUUUAUAAUUCAGAUUUAGUGCUAUUGUCAUUGAACACUGGUAUUUUCUGUAUUAUAUAGAACAUUAAAAUUCAAGUAAUUAUAAGCAUUUGGCAAAAACAGAAGAGAAGAAACCUGUCAUAUUUUAAAAGCUGCAGUUUUGGAAAAGCUUUAACUUAAUAGUUUUAUCCCUGUUUCCUUGCCCCAGACUUAUCCAGGGUCAUAGAAGUGUGAAUCUAAUUAAUACAGAAAUGGGAAUUGUUGCACAGAACUGAGAAAUAGCUAAUCUUUAAUCAGUUUAAUUGGCCUCUUAUUAAAUAUAACAAUUCUUAUAAAAAUUAUAGUACCCUAUUUUCAGAAACAAUUGCCAGUUUAUGCAUUUAUCAAUAUCCUAAAAUUUAAAAAGUAUUUACAGCCCCACUUACUAUUAUGUAAAUUUACCAAUAAAAUAUUUUUAUGACUACAGAUUUUGCAUUUUUGUUUACAACUAAU